GCGACAAAUUUUGGCGCGAAAUUUGGCUUUCCUUCUUCUUGCUCCCCUUUCGACUCGGUCUCUACGUUUGUCCCCCUGUUCUUCACUCUGCAGCAAUGUUCGAUAUCUUAAUCCGUCUCGAAGAAAUUAAUACCCUGAUAUGUUCUGGAGUUAAAGCGAAUAAAUCACUUGCCUACUCCACUCUUCUACAAAUCCAACAGGUUUCUACUACAAGCCAUACUUCAAUCGAUGCCCUAGCGAAAUUUUCUCGGGAUUCGAUUCGGCGUAUCGUCUCCGAUACUCAAGAUGAAGACGAGGAAAUCGCUGCACAGGCAUUGAAGUGUUUAGGAUUCAUAAUUUAUCAUCCAUCGAUCAUUGCUGCUAUUCCGGCGAAAGAAGCCAGCUUUAUCCUUGAUUCCUUGACAGAACUAAUCAUUAGAACUAAACUGAAGUCAGUUUGUAACUUAGGAGUCUGGUGCAUAUCAAUUCAACAGCUCGAUGCAGACUUUCUUGCUUUGCACUUCCAUUCUUUGCUGCUGGCUGUUACUCACGCCCUUGACAAUCCCAAUGGGUCUUUGUCGACCACUUUUGAGGCUAUCCAGGCUAUUACAAAGCUGGCAGAUAAAUUAAGUGAUAAAAUGAGAGAGUCAUCCAAUAUAUGGGCUCCUCCAGUAUACAGAAGACUUCUUAGCUUCGAUAAAAGAGAGAGGGAUAUGUCAGAGAGAUGUUUGUUGAAGAUCAGGUCCACAAUAUUACCUCCUCCGCUAGUUUUGUCCAAGGCGCUUGUGAAAGAUAUGAAGGAAUCGUUGCUUAAUGGAAUGGAUAAGUUAUUAAAUCUCGGAAUGAAGGUUCCGACUAUUGCAGCUUGGGGUUGGUUCAUCCGGAUACUAGGAUCUCAUUCCAUGAAGAACAGAAAUUUAGUAAAUAAAAUGCUUAAAAUUCCAGAGCGGACAUUUUCAGAUCACGACCCUCAAGUUCAGAUUGCCUCACAGGUUGCAUGGGAAGGCUUAAUUGAUGCUCUUGUUCACAGUCCAACUCUCCGGUGUGAGAUUAAUGUGGUCAAGGGAGAGGAAAAUAAUCAAACGGUGCAAAUAUUAAAUGGGAAUGAUUGUGAAAUCCAAGCAAAUGGGGUUUCAAAAAGUAUAAAGCUGAUCAUGGUGCCUUUGGUCGGUGUCAUACAGAGUAAAUGUGACAUAUCUGUUCGCUUGUCAUGUUUGAACACAUGGCAUUAUCUGCUCUAUAAACUUGACUCAUUUGUUAACAGUCCAUGCAUGAUAAAACUGGUAUUAGAGCCUAUUCUCGAGGCAAUUUUCCGGCUUAUUCCAGAUAAUGAAAAUAUCAGGUUGUGGAGUAUGUGCUUAAGUUUGUUGGAUGAUUUUCUGUUGGCAAAGUGUUCACACAUGGAUAAUGAUUUAACUGUCCAGUUAUGCUACAAAUCAGAAGCGACACUGUCUGAGAUUGAAUACCAAGAAACUGGUAAAAGGUUUUGGAAGCAGUUUCCUAUAAGGUGGUUGCCAUGGAAUCUAAAUCAGCUGGCCUUUCAUUUAAAGAUGAUUUGUGUUAUCUCAACUUCAGCAUCAAUGGAGACCUUCAGCAAUGAGAAUAGGACUUUCGCAUAUGAUACUUGCCACAGGUUAUUUAAAUCUGUCUUAAAAGGAGUCCAAUUAGAGCUCAAAAAGCCGUCUGCGAAUUAUGAUGAUGUUAUGCUUGGUUUGAGGGAAAUUUUAAGAUUUUUAAGAUAUCUGUCUGAUAAUCUAAGUGGCGAGGGCUAUAUUCACCAUCAUUUACAUUAUGCUAUCCUCCACUUUAUUCGGGAUGUCACCAAGGAGUUAGAACCUGCUAUACUAGGAUCCCCUCUUUAUGAGGUUGAAUUAGACUUCAAGGAAAUGGAUGGAGUCCAAUCAGUCAAUCACAUCAGCUAUGCACAAGUUCUUGGUGUACCGUCUAUAUCUUACAUGGAUAAGGUAUCACCUAUAGUUUAUUUAAUUGUAAUGUACAGUUCAGUUGCAGUUCAGUCUACUUCGACAAUGUGCCUUACGGAUUGUAUCCUAAAAGAAAUGCACGAAUAUUUCAAACUUGUAUUUUCUUCGUUCAUACCUCCAGUUAGUCUUCUUGCAGCUAUUUUAAUUUUGUAUAAAAACAUUGUGCCCACUAGCCUGAAGAUAUGGGUAGCAAUAGCAAAAGGUUUGAUGGAGAGCAGCAAUAUGAGGAAUAAUAUCCCGUUGAAAACAAAGUCAGAAACUGAAGGGGUGAAUACCAUAUGCUAUCUCCUCUCUUACCCUUUUGUUGUAUGCUCUUCCAAAAUAUUGUGUGGCUCCACACUGGAGAAUCUUGUGCUUGAAUCUGUUGUCCAAGUUUGGAAGUCGCUUUAUAGUUCUGUGAACACAUUGCAGCUUGACAGUUCCACGAGUAUCUGUUUCAAUGAGGAUUUGGCUUCUAUGUUAAGCAGAUGCCUCAAUGAUCAAAGCAUGCCUGGGUGUGGGAGUGAAUCUUGUUCAAGUUGUGAAGGUUUUAGUGCUGAUUUUCUCUCGAUAUUUGUUGACAUUGUCAUAAACAUCUUGAAAGGGCUUCAAAGUUCCGAAAUAAGAUCAGGUAGAAUUACGAGAGAAGACAGUAACUGUGAAAAAUCCUGCUUCAACAGUUCUAGCUUGAGAUUGGCCGCCAGAUUUAUUGAACUAUUACGGAUUAAGCGAGGAAAAAAUACAUCACAUUGGCUUUCCAGAGUAUUUUCAGCAUUGGCUCAAUUCGUCAGCUGCCUUCACUUGAAACAAGAUAUAUUUGAGUUCGUAGAGAUUAUAUCCUCUCCAUUGCUUUUGUGGUUGACCAAAAUGGAGACAUUGGAAGAAGGCAUUACCAGCCAGCUUCAAAUCCUGUGGGCUGAAAUCAUUAGUCAUUUGCAAAGGGGCUGCCCUUCAUUAGUCUUCGACUCGGCCUUUCUGAAGCUGUUGGCACCUCUACUCGAAAAAACUCUUGACCACCCAAAUUCCUCAAUUUCAGAGCCAACCAUUACUUUCUGGAAUUCCUCAUUCGGUGAACAUUUAGUUGCACGCUACCCACAAAACCUGCUUCCUAUACUGCACAAGCUAUCAAGAAAUGGAAGAAUAAAACUCCAGAAGAGAUGCUUGUGGGUGGUUCAACAAUGCCCUGCAAGACAAGAAGAUGCCAACCCUCCCUUUAGCCACAGAGUGAGUGCAACAUCCAUCAGGAGCUCAAAAAGAAUAGAACUAAUGACAACUAAUAAUCAGGACAAGCACAAGGAGGACAUCCCCACUUCCAAUUCAAAAAGGAAGAAGAUAGAAUUAACUCAACAUCAGAAGGAAGUAAGACGAGCUCAACAAGGGCGGGCACGGGACUGCGGUGGACACGGCCCGGGCAUUCGAACUUACACAAGCCUUGAUUUCUCACAAGUAGUUAAUGAUUCUGAGGAGAGCCAGGACACCCAGAAUCUAUAGAACUCCAUAAGCUCACACAACUGAGCCAUGUUGUAAAUGUACAGAACAAAAUUAAUUUUUUAA